UCUCAAAACACGUACUCUUUGCUGACCAAGGUCUACGAACAAACUUGGCUAUAAAAGCACAUAUCUUGUCGGGAACAUCAGUCAAUGAAAUAAAGUGCAAGAAUUAUUACCAUGUCUCACGCUAGUUUUGUAUUACUUGUAACGGUCGGAGUGCUCUGCAGUAUGACUGCUGCACAGGAAGGCCAGUGUGCGUUAAAUGAAGAAUGGACCAAUUGCGGAACGGCAUGUCCACAAACUUGUGAUUCGCCGCCUGUUCAAGCCUGCACUGCGAAUUGCGUAGUAGGAUGUCAGUGCCGUGAAGGAUACGUGCUAAAUAACUCAGGACAAUGUGUGCUUCUUUCAGAAUGUUAAAAAUUAUUCGAUACGUACUUACGAAAGGGCUGAGAAAUUUUGUUUACCACUUCAAGGUUUAAAUAAUUAUUAAUUAAUAAUAAACAGUUAACAAGUAAAAAUUAUUGAUAUAAAUGUUUUUCUAUUAACAGAUUUCUUGUAAAUUUAAAAUAAUUAGAAAUAAAAAAUGUCAUAAUAACACUGUUUCUAUAAAUACAAAUUCGAAACAAUAAAGUGCAUGCGCUCAUGACGUAAAGUAUUUUUGUGUUACAAAAAAUCAUUACCAUGAUAAAUUAUUUAGCAAUAACGAAUCGUUUUACAGUUAAUAGCAUAACUUCUUAUAAGAAAAACUGCACAAAUAGAAUGUUAUUCUGGUAUUGUAAUCUUAAGUAAUAACAUGCUUUGAUCUUGAUUUUAAUA